UGCCACCUAACCAACAUUUUAUUUUCGAUACUUCUUGUUAAAAGUUUUGUUACAUUAUCGAAUUACUAAAAUUUUAAUAUACACAGUGUCAUAUAUAGGGGUGAGCAAUGGCAAACCUCGAAGUAGUCGGGAAAGUUCUAAUGAGUGACUCAUGUGAAUAAUGUUUUUACUUCUCUAAGUAGUUGAAAGAUUUAAAAAAUGUCUGAAAGGAAAGGUACUAAGGCUUUAGAACUUUGGUGCAAGCGUUUGGUGAAAGAUUGUCCCGAUGUGCAAAUAGAAAACAUGACAACAUCGUGGCGAGAUGGUAUUGCAUUCUGCGCAUUGGUGCAUCACUUCAGACCAGACCUUAUUGAUAUGUCCAAAUUAAGGCCAGAAAACAUAUACGAAAACAACAAACUUGCAUUCAGUAUAGCUGAGAAGCAUUUAGGUAUUCCUGCACUGUUAGACCCUGAGGACAUGGUCGAGAAUGAAGUGCCAGAUCGACUAUCAGUAUUGACUUAUCUAUCUCAGUUUUAUCAGAGGCUUGGACACACAGUGAAUACUAAAGCACCAGAAACAGAAGCUAAAUCAUCGGCAUUAUUACCCACCCAGUCAAGUGCACCACUCAAGUUUGGAAAACCAGGUCUAGAUAAAUGCGCUGCAUGCGGCCUGCCUGUGUACUUAGCGCAACGACUCCUUGUAUCGCACAAACUCUACCACAGGAGAUGUUUCCGUUGCUCAAAAUGCUCAGGUCACAUGAACCCAAAGAAUUUUGAACUCACUGAAGGAUCUGAUUUUUUUUGUGAUAGUUGUAAGAAUGAAAAGAAUUUACCAAAAUUCCUAAAUAAUAACGAUCAAAUGGGAAUGCUGGCAUUCAGUGACGAUGUGCCUGAAGCUAAGCCAGACCCCCCUCCUCUAGAGGAGCCAAUUAGUCCUAAACACAGAACAAGGCCUCAGUCAAUUUUAGAGAAAAUAAGUAUAUUUGAGAAUAAUGUAGAAAAAGAUACAGCAAUUGAAAAUAAAUUUGGCAAUAUAUCUUUAAAAGACAAUAUACAAUAUAGUAAUAAGGAAAGAAGUACACCAAGUGUAUCAAGCACCAGUGGAACACGCAAUGAAUCUUUUUGCGAAACUGAUUCAAAACUAACCGAGAAAGAGGCUUUGGAUAAGGAUGAAGAGAAAUCUCAAGCAAACAUUCCCGAUAAAGUGUACAAGAGUAAUGUUAAUAAAUUUAAUUUUUUACAAACACAACUUUUGGGGGAUGUGACAGACCCUGGUAAUCGUUUGGAUGAUGCAGAUGUUGUUACUGCAAAGAAAAUAGAAGACUGCGAUGAUAUUAAUAAUGAAAAUUGUAAUUCUAAGGAUGAGGAUAGCUCGACAAAUGUACUUAAAGAGGAAAGUAAUGUAACGGAUGAUAUCAGAAUAGCUAAAAGGAAUAGUAUUACUUUAAGCGCGGAUUUCCUGCCUGUAGAAACAAAUGAGCAUAAUACAGCUGAGCAGGAAGUGAAAAUGGUUGUGCCACCAAGAAAGAAAAAACAUAUCAAUUCCCCAGAAAAGACUUUCGAAUCUGUAGCAAAUAAAGUUAAUGCUGACCAAUAUCCUGAUUAUUUAAACCCGUUUUCUGAUGAUGAAGAGGAAGAGAAACAAGUAGAGAAACCAAAAAAAGAGAGCACUAAUCCCUUUGGAAGUAGUGAGGAAGAUGACGAUGUGCCUCCAAUACAGCCACUGUCUAAAAUUCCUGGAAAUCACGUUACACCUACAAGACGUCUUAUAUCUGCCAAUCCUUUUUGGUCUGACGGCGAAGAACCUUCUUCGGACGAAGAAACAAAUGAUACAAGCUUAAAUGUAUACAAAUCGUUAACCACGAGUACCCCCAACGUGGCAAAUGCGACUCCUCGACGUAAGAAAGCUCGCGCUCCGCCGCCGCCGCCGCCAUCUGUCGUCGUCAGCGAACACACUUCGUAUUUGGACCCAGCUACAUCAAUGGACGACGUCGCUAGCAUUUCUUCACUUAGCUCUUACAACUCCACUAUUCAUUCUGAUCAGAAAUCAUUCGGUAAGUUGACACCGCGUUUGAAGAAGAAACGGCUGGCGCCCACUCCGCCUGACAGUCUGUCUACGGUAUCCAUUAGUGGUGGCUCGAUGGAGAAAGACGUUGAAAAUAUAGGACGGCAUAAUAUCUCUGACAGUAGCCGUAAAGCAAAAGGCCCAGCCCCAGGUCUACCUCUUCCUGAACGUCGUGAAGUCAAAAUGCAGAUGUCCCCCGCAGAGCUGCAGGUGCAGCUCGACCUGCUGGAUACGCAACAGCUGGGCCUCGAGCGACAGGGUGUACUCAUCGAACAGAUGAUACGGGACAAGUGUGAGGGCGACGAGGGGUCAACCGCACCGCAAGAGGAAGUCGAAGAUUUAGUAAUACAGCUCUGUGAACUGGUCAACGAGAAAAAUGAUUUAUUCAGAAAGCAAACUGAGUUGAUGUAUAUUCGUAGACAGCAGCGUUUAGAGCAAGAGCAAGCGGACAUCGAACAUGAGAUCCGCGUUAUCCAAUCGCGGCCCGCCAAUCGUUGCGAUGCAGACAAGUCUCGCGAAGAGCAUCUAGUGCUGCGAUUGGUACAAAUUGUGCGCAUGCGCGAUGAGUUAGUACAGCAGCUGGACGCCGAGCGCCGCCGCGAACGGCAGGAAGAUCUCGCCAUCGCCGCCUCGAUUGCAUCUAAGAGAGCUCAGAGAAACAGCGAGUCCAACAGCUCUUCAAUGAAGUCCGUAGAAGUAGCCCCGACGCCUAAAAAAAGCAAGGUUAAAGACAAAGUAAAGAAACAAUUGAAGAAAGCCAAGCACUCUCUGAUUUCCAAGAAAAAAGACGAAGCGUGUGAACACAAACACGAAAAACCCGAAAAAGAAAAGAAGGCAAAAUAAUAUCCGUAAAAUGACCGGAGGUAUUAAUAGAAUAGGUGAAAUUAUAUUUAUUACUUCAAAAAUCUAGGCUAUACUCUUCAAUCAAUCCUCGAUCGACCUUAGGUCUUCUUAAUAUUUGUACUGAAAGUACUUAACUAAGACUGAAACAUUCCACUAAUAAAUCGAACAUAUUUGUAAAGACUAUGUGCAUAUGGAAUUCGUGUCAUAGUAGUUCUUUGAAAAAGAAAACUUUAUUUUUAAAGGCGAAACUGACGAUUUUCGAUAAUGUUUAAAAUAAUGUGCCAGAUUUGAAAAUAAUAUAUAAUUGUGCCAUGCGAGCUAAUGUUGGUAUUACACACGCGGGUGCAAAGCCGCAGUUUAGUCAAUAGAAAUAAUGCAUAACAAUUCGACAUACCUAUUUUCAUCAAUUAUAUCCAUCCAUUGUUAUAGUUGCAUCCGAAAGGUCCAUUAAAAAUUAAUCUUUAU